ACUAUUACGAGGACGGUGACAUUUGAAAGGGACGCCCUGCCUUAGUUGUCCCUGUCCUUGCGGGCUGACUGAGGAGUAAUCAGCAUCUAUGUCAACGUGGGCGUUGCCUGUUGUGACAUGAUAUCAUCAUCAGCAUUUAGAUGUUAGAGAGGUCGCCUCCUCAGACUCAUUGGGCCAAAUACCGAGGACAUUAUAAACAAGCCUUUUAAUUUAUAUAAAUCAAUACCCAAAAGAGAAGCCCAAUUCUUGAAACCGAGAGACCAAAACCAAAUAAUACCCAUUGUCUUGUAAGAAAAGAGCAACCAGGGAAAUCGCAGAUUCGCAGUAUCUGUCUGCAAGAACAAGUUCAUCAAAGGGCGCCGAUUGUUUUCUGACAGGGUCUGUUUUGAAAGUUCAACUCCCGCGCUCCUUUGCCUAUCCAGGUGUGAUCAAAGGUUGUUGAUGCUUAACUUUGCCUAGAUUAUGGCAUACCCUGAGCCUCAAGGCGCGGAGAGGGAGAAAGUUCAGGUUAACCCUGACCCAAGAAAACCCAGGAUUUUACUCGCUGCCAGUGGAAGUGUAGCUGCCAUAAAGUUUGGGAAUCUCUGCCAUUGUUUCUCGGAAUGGGCAGAAGUUAAAGCUGUUGCCACGAAGGCUUCUUUGCAUUUCAUUGACAGAGCAUCACUUCCUAAGGAUCUUAAGCUUUAUACUGAUGAGGAGGAAUGGUCUAGUUGGGGGAAAAUAGGUGACAGUGUGCUUCACAUCGAGCUUCGUCGAUGGGCUGAUAUUAUGGUCAUUGCCCCAUUGUCAGCAAACACGCUUGGCAAGAUUGCUGGGGGAUUAUGCGACAAUUUGCUGACUUGUGUCAUACGAGCAUGGGACUACAGCAAGCCUAUGUUUGUUGCACCAGCGAUGAACACUUUCAUGUGGAGCAACCCUUUCACAGAAAAGCAUCUCAUGACAAUUGAUGAGCUUGGAAUUUCCCUCAUCCCACCUGUCUCGAAGCGACUAGCUUGUGGGGACUAUGGGAACGGCGCAAUGGCGGAACCUUCUCUAGUCCACUCUACUGUAAGACUAUUCUUGGAGUCACGGCCACAACCAAGUGACUGAAGAACCUGUUGAUUCGCCAUGAAUAACAAACACCAUAUUAGUUGUGUUGUAAUCCAUUUGAUCCAGUAUUGGGCGUGUUUCUGUUAGCCGUCAAACAAGCUUAAUGUACACUUAUAGUUGCAUUUUAGAGUUUGGUUAAACCUUGCACAUCAUGAAGAAUUGUCUCUGAAAUACUUCAUGAAAUCUGACCUUGUAAGCUGAUGAUAUUUGAUGA